ACAGGAGCGUUGUCCAUUAAGAAGUUUAAUAAAAUUAACUGCAUUUGCCUGUGUCAAAAUGAGCGCAACAAACAGCGCAUCCGUAAACGCUGCUGACGUGGAUGAAGCGAAUCCACUGGAACAAUCGACCAUAACAAUGCUUGAUGUGCUUGAAGAAGAGAAAGAAUUGGAAGAGGAAUACGCCGCGGUGCUUGGUGGCUCCGAUGAAAAGGAGUGCACCUAUGCCAAAGGCGCCAUACAGCGUCAGGCACUCUACUCUUGUCUCACCUGUUGCCCGGAGGCACGCGAUGACCCAAAGAAGAGCGCUGGCGUAUGCCUGGCCUGCUCCUAUAAAUGCCAUGAGAACCAUGAGCUGAUCGAACUCUAUACCCGGCGUAACUUCCGCUGUGACUGUCCAACGCUGGAGAAGCGCUGUGCUCUGAAUCCUCAGCUGGAGGCAGUGCAGCCGAAAAAUGCAAAUAAUCUGUAUAAUCAUAAUUUCCAGGGCGUGUACUGCAAGUGCAAACGACCCUAUCCCGACCCAGAGCGCACGACCGAGGAGACAAUGCUGCAGUGCGUCAUCUGCGAGGACUGGUUCCAUCUGCAGCACAUGGAGGCGCCAGCAGGCUCGGAGAAACUGUCAAACGCCUGCAGUGAAAUGAUUUGCGACUGCUGCAUGGAGCGUCACGAGUUUCUACGGGACUACAGCGGCCUGGCCUUGCAGCCAGCAGCUGGGGCCAAGGAGUCCGCAACAGAGGAGAUCAACGUGGUGGACAGCCACCCGACCAAGAACGAGCAACAGUCUGAGCAGCAGUCGGAGCAACCUGCCGAGAAACGCCUCAAGCUAAGCGACGACGCAUGCCGCCGUCCCAAGUCCUCAAAGGAACACAAAGGCGCCGCCUUCUGGGCCAACGACUGGCGCAAGGCGCUUUGCCGUUGCGGCAAGUGCUUGGAGCUGUACAAGGAGCAGUCUGUGGAGUUUCUGCUGGAUGCCGAGGACUCCGUGGAGGCCUACGAGAAGCGCGGCAUGAAGCGCAUUGAGGAGAACUCCAGCUACGAGCAGGGCAUCCGUGCGCUGGCCUCCAUCGAUCGCACGAAGCAAAUCGAUGUGAUCACCGAGUACAAUCGCAUGGGCGACAAGCUGAAGGAGUUCCUCCAGUCCUUUGCAGCCAACAAGAAAGUGGUCACCGAGGACGACAUCAAGCGCUUCUUUGCCGGCAUGCAAAGCGAGAAGAGCACCGCCGUCAGUCAGCCCUAUUUCUGUCGCUAAGCAAAUUACCCAUAAAGUAUUCUAUUUAUAUAUACAUACAUUCCCCGAAUGAGUGUACACAUGUGGAAUUUAUUGUACUAUCUUAAAUUUAUGGUCUUUCAUUUGUAUCAUUAUUACUAUUAGCAUGUUAAAACAACAAUUCGAAUAUAAAAUGAGAUUCGCAUAAAAA